AUGACAGCUAGUCCGAAGAAAGGCGGAAUGGGGCUCCGAACCUGCCUCCUGGGGUUCCUUUCCCUCAGCGUCGUUGGCAAAUGCAGUUACAGUCCGGAGCCCGACCAACAGCGGACACUGCCCCCAGGCUGGGUGUCCCUGGGCCGUUUGGACCCUGAGGAAGAGCUAAGUCUCACUUUUGCGCUGAAACAGCAGAACUUGAAGAGACUUGCCAAGCUGGUGCAAGCGGUGUCUGAUCCUACCUCUCCUCAAUACGGAAAAUACCUGACCCUCGAGGACGUGGCUGAGCUGGUCCGGCCAUCACCACUGACCCUUCAGACAGUCCAAAAAUGGCUCUUGGCAGCUGGAGCCCGGGAUUGUCAUUCAGUGACUACACAGGACUUUCUGACUUGCUGGCUGAGUGUCCGACAGGCCGAACUCCUGCUCUCUGGAGCUGAGUUUCAUCGCUAUGUGGGGGGACCUGCAGAGACCCAGGUUGUAAGGUCUCCACACCCCUACCAGCUCCCACAGGCCUUGGCCCUUCAUGUGGACUUUGUGGGGGGGCUGCACCGCUUCCCCCCAACAUCAUCCCUGAGGCAGCGCCCUGAGCCACAGGUGACAGGGACUGUUGGCUUUCAUAUGGGGGUGACCCCAUCUGUGAUCCGUGAACGGUACAACCUGACAGCACAAGAUGUGGGCUCCGGGACCACCAACAACAGCCAGGCUUGUGCUCAGUUCCUGGAGCAGUACUUCCAUGACUCAGACCUGGCUAAGUUCAUGAGUCUCUUUGGUCGGAGCUUUGUCCACCAGGCAUCUGUAGCCCGAGUGAUUGGAAAACAGGGCCGGGGCCGGGCCGGAAUCGAGGCCAGUCUUGACGUGCAGUAUCUGAUGAGUGCUGGUGCCAACAUCUCCACCUGGGUGUAUAGCAGUCCUGGCCGGCAUGAGGCACAGGAGCCCUUCCUGCAGUGGCUCCUCCUGCUCAGCAAUGAGUCAGCCCUGCCCCCUGUGCACACGGUGAGCUAUGGAGAUGAUGAGGACUCCCUGAGCAGUGCCUACAUCCAGCGGGUCAACACUGAGUUCAUGAAAGCUGCCGCGCGGGGCCUCACCUUGCUUUUUGCCUCAGGUGACAGUGGGGCUGGGUGUUGGUCUGUUUCUGGAAGACACCAGUUCCGUCCCAGCUUCCCUGCCUCCAGCCCCUAUGUCACCACAGUGGGAGGCACAUCCUUCCAGAAUCCUUUCCGUGUGACAAAUGAGAUUGUUGACUAUAUCAGUGGUGGUGGCUUCAGUAAUGUGUUUCCGCGGCCUUCAUACCAGGAGGAAGCUGUAGCCCGGUUUCUGAGCUCCAGCCCCCAUUUACCACCAUCUAGUUAUUUCAAUGCCAGUGGUCGUGCCUACCCAGAUGUGGCUGCACUCUCUGAUGGCUACUGGGUGGUCAGCAACGGUAUACCCACUCCAUGGGUGUCUGGCACCUCGGCUUCUACUCCAGUAUUUGGGGGACUCCUGUCUCUGAUAAAUGAGCACAGAAUCCUCAGUGGCCGGCCCCCUCUUGGCUUUCUCAAUCCAAGGCUCUACCAGAAGCGUGGAGCAGGACUCUUUGAUGUGACCCAUGGCUGCCACGAAUCCUGUCUGAAUGAAGAAGUGGAGGGUCAGGGGUUCUGCUCCGGCCCUGGCUGGGAUCCUGUGACAGGCUGGGGAACACCCAACUUCCCAGCUUUGCUUAAGACGCUACUCACUCCUUGACGUUUUCCUGCCAGCAGAGCUGACCUGCCCUCUGCCUUGCCAGUGGCUUGACCCCUUAUUUUGCUGUGCUGAACCCUCAACCAUUGGCUGCCACAGACAUCUUACCUCCCUAACUUUGUAAUGCU